AUGUGCUCUGUCUGUCCAAAGGAUGGAGUCUACAGAUGUCAUGGCUGCAUGGGUGAACCGCUCUUCUGUACCCAUUGCUGUCGGACGUUUCACAGCCGCAUGCCUUUCCAUCGGAUCAGUCAAUGGACUGGGGGAUUCUUUGAAGACACUUCCUUGACCAAGAUUGGGUUUGAAGUCCACCUUGGCCAUGCAGGCGAGCCUUGCCCCAGACUGACCGAUGAGUAG